CAGGAGUUGUACACACAGCCGGACCUAGUGGGACUUUACACUGACGGACAUUAUUAAGUACAUUAUUAUAUAUAUAAUAUAUAUAACAGAUUUCGGAUCAUCUCCAACCUAAUUACUGGAAUAAUGAAGUCUCCAAAGCUGAAACCUCAGGCGAAGCUGACGGACGAGGAGGACCUGAGCGACGUGCUGUGCGAGUUCGACGCGGUGAUGGAGGACUUCACGUCCCCGGUGGAGAAGCGCCACUUUCGGUACGACGAGCACCUCAAGACCAUGAAGAGGAGGAGCAGCGCGAGCGUCAGCGACAGCGGCAUCAGCGACUCUGAGAGUGCAGAGUCUCUCAACAGAAACAGCUUCAGCUUCAGCGAUGAGAGGCUGAACUCCCCCACCGUGCUCUCCCCUGCCACCAGCUCACCUCCUCUUAUGUCACCAAAACCCAAACUGGGCGACACUAAGGAACUGGAGGACUUCAUUGCAGACCUUGACAGGACAUUAGAGGGCAUGUGACACGGAGGCUCACAGUCAUUUUGGAGCGUAGCCAUGAGGGAGUGCAUGUCUGGACCCCCGUCAACGGCUUGCAUGCGCUCGGCCCCCCCCCACACAGAAAAACCACCCAACAGGAUACAGCUGGAUGGCACAGCAAACUUCCAAAGUGGCUCCACCACGGCUUCAGGUCUAGCCCAGCACUCUCCUAAAGUUAACCCAGCUCUACUAACUCCAGGCCACCUGGCUCCUGGGCUAUAAGGACUGCAAGAAGGGUCAAAAAUAGUUCUAGGGAACCUGAGGACAAGAAAACUUCAGUAGCCAUGAUGUAAUGGACUCCAUGAAAUGUUGUGAGGAAUGAAAAUGUGGCGAUAUACAGUAUAUCCUGCAAAAAGUCACUGGGGAAAUGUAUUGUCAGAUUCACAAAACCACCACACAGGCCAGGCUACACUCCCUCAUCCCAAACUUGAGCUGAAAGAGUAUUUAAAAAAUGGCUUUUUAUAAUUGAAAUAUAUUUGUAAUUUUAUAGAGCUUCUUUUUUUUGGGGAAAUAUAUUUUUGUAUCUCAUGUAAAUAAUAAUGGCUUCCCAUUCUGUUUGCCUUGGUAUUAACAGGACAGUCAGAUUAUGAUUGUUUUGACGCUCGUUGACUGGAAUAAAGUUACAUGCUUAAAUGUGAACUGAAAACUGGAAAGCAAUAUAUGUCUAUUUAAUACAGUUAAUGCCUGUCAGAGAUGAUAUUAAAGUAUGGAAUAUUGUUCUUUUAGUAA